AUGACGACGGAAGAAGCGAUCGUCCGCGCUCGCAUCGCUGCGCUCAAGAACGUCAUCGCCGCCCGCGAAGGCGGCGCCUCGACGAUGCGCGCUGAGUCUCAGCACGCGGCCGAGCGCGUACCCGCGGCCAGCUCCCGCAACUUGACGUGGAAGGCGCCGGACGCGUCGCCGCCUGCUCCAGCGGUCCAUGCGGUGGCUCCGUUGCCGUACUGCAUCCCUCUUGCCGCGACGGCGUGCCCGACCAUCACGACUCCUUGUAGGUCGCCGAGCCAGAACUUCAACACGUCCAACAGCGCCGUGUCAGCUGCUGUCCGGCCGCGAAGCGGGCUCUUUGUUUCGCCGUACGCGCCUCCAAGGUCGUCGCGGUGGGCGCAUCGGUUUCUUCGUUCUAGGUCGCCAUCGUCUGCGACGACGACGCGCACCGAGUACUGCCGGUACUACAACCGCUUUGGCGUCUGCAACAAGCAGAAUGCAUGCCCGUUCAUCCACGACAGCCGCAAGGUCGCCGUGUGCCGCCCAUUCCUGCGCGGCGCAUGCGACGACAAGGCAUGCCGACUGUCGCAUGUCCGCGACCAGAACAAGAUGCCCGUGUGCACACGCUUCUUGAAGGGCAUGUGCUCGCGGGAGGACUGUCCGUUCCGGCAUGUCAACGUGAGCCACGACGCAGCGAUCUGCGACGCCUUCUUGCGGGGGUACUGCCCUGACGGCGCCGACUGCCGCAUGAAGCACGAGCUGCCAAAGGGCAGGUCUGGCGGCGAGGCGCUGGUUGGCCACGUCGCGCCGGCAUCGCCCGUCGAUGCCGCGCCGACGACCGAACCAGCGCUCUCGAUCCGGCCCACGAUUCGGUUCCAGCCACGGGUAGCGCCGUGA